UGCAAUAUGGAGGAGAACCGUGAUAGAUAAUUCAAUUUAUUUGCUUCUCUAAUUUGUAUUACCCGACGAACUGUAUUCAUAGUACAGUAACGACUUAAACCAGCAUUGUUGUCGAGCGACCUGUGCAGCAUUUGGUGGUACUGUCUGCCAUGUCUGUCUCUGUUACUGGUGAGCCUGUGGUUAAAAAGAAACAAGUUCGUUUUGCCAGAUUGGAGGAGGAUGAGGUCAACGAAGAUCAAGAGGAGGAUACCCUUUUUGACAAAAGGAAAGACACCAGAGGAGCACUCAGAAGUGCAAUCAAGGGAGGCAGAAUACUGGACGAGGAGUCUGACAAGGUUGAAAUCAAAAGUCGGGGACGGAACACCAGUGACUCCGGAGUGUUCACCCGAUGGAUAAUCACACUGUCUCUUUGUGCAUCAUUUCUGGGAUUGGGAAUGUCCAUUUCAGUGCUUGGUCCCACACUGGAAGACUUGGCAAGAAAUGUCAAUGAGAACAUCAGCAACAUCUCUCAUGUCUUUGUGGGUCGCUCCUCAGGAUACAUGGGGGGCUCUGUGUUGGGAGGGAUUCUGUUUGACUUUGCAAAUCCCCACCUGCUGCUUGGAUUCUCCAUGCUGUGUACAGCGUUUGGAAUGUUUGCCAUCCCUUUCUGUAAGAAAGCGGUUCUGCUCACUGUCUUGAUGGCCACUGUUGGUGUAUCAAUGGGAUUUUUGGAUACAGGUGGAAAUGUCCUCAUACUCAAUACAUGGGGGGACCAGUCUGGACCCUACAUGCAAGCGUUGCACUUUUGUUUUGCAGCUGGCGCCUUUGUUUCACCAAUCAUUGCCAAGCUGCUUUUCGGACACAGUCAUGAAUUGAGCGAGAACCCGAGCACAGACCAAGAGUCAAAGCCCCUCCACCUUCAGCUUGCCAAAAGCAAGGGUGGCUUUCUCAAGUCCAUGUGGGCUUACAUCGUGAUCGGCGUUUUCCUUGUCCUGAUCUCUUUGUCCUUUUUCAUCCUGUAUAUUCGUAGCAGCCCUGCUCGAAAGAAAAGCAACAACCAGUUGGGGAAGCCCAAGGUUGCCAGAUAUCACAAAACCCUCAUUUUCCUCCUUUCUCUUUUUUUCUUCUGGUACGUGGGGGCUGAGGUGGCUUAUGGCUCUUUUAUCUUCACCUACGCCAAGGACUUUGCCAAAAUGCCACAGCCCCAGGCAGCUGGACUUAAUGCUCUGUUUUGGGGCACAUUUGCUGCAACAAGGGGCUUGGCUAUCUUCUUUGCUGCUUGCCUCUACCCAGGCAUGUUGAUCAUUUUGAGUCUGGUGGGCUGUACCAUCUCUUCCGUUCUCCUAGUACUCUUCAGCAAGCACCAAAUUGCUCUGUGGUCCUGUACUGCCCUAUAUGGAGUAUCCAUGGCAACCACAUUUCCAAGUGGUGUCUCCUGGGUGGAGCAGUACACCACAGUGACGGGGAGCUCUGCAGCAGCGUUUGUAGUGGGUGCAGCAUUGGGCGAGAUGGUCCUGCCUGCGCUUGUGGGUUUCCUGCUGGGGAAGUUGCCAGAUUACCCAGUACUCAUGUUCCUGUGCUUGACUACUUCUGUUGUGACCUUCAUCCUCUUCCCUAUCAUGUAUAAACUGGCUACCUUCCCCAGUGGACCAAGCGGUAAACCACACAUCAGAGGACUCAGAAGGGAAUCGGAUGACAGUGAGUAUCAGCAAGCACUCCUCGACACAGGUGGCAAUGAAGAUGAGGGAGAGCAAAAUGAGGAUGACGAGGGAGCGGAUCAGUGGAACGAUGCAGAUUUUGAGGUGAUUGAAAUGGAUGACGCCAGCCUUAGUUCACCAAACAAAGCUUUUUCACAACCUGAUGUGGCCGUGACAGCUUUGAACUUUGAACUCUCUAUGGGUGGAGCUCAGGUCUCUGCAUCUCCCACCGAGACCACGGGCUUGGCCUCAUUGCCUGACUCCUCCGUUUCAGCUCAGGGGGACUCCCCAGAACAACAGCAAUUACUUGCCCUGGACAGGGAAAAGAAAGACUGAAAAUCGGGCAACUGACAGUCUGUUUUAAUUUGCAGUUCUGAUACUGCACGGUUUCCAGCGGUUCAUGAGAAAUCAUGUUACCUGAAACCUACGCCGAGCAUUUUGCGUUGAUGUCUGAACUAUUUGCGAUAGUUGCGCUUCUUGCAUGUUAACCAUUCCUGUUCUUCUCUCUUAAUAAGCCAUGAAGGUCAUUAUGGAAUGGUUGAAGUUGUUGCAGUUUUCCUGUUUUUGAAGAGAUCUAGAUAAAUUGUGAAUUGUUAUAAUCACAGUUUCACCUGGAGGUAUGUAGAGAAAGUCUUGUUUACACUAUGGUUUGAUUGCAGCAUCCCCGCAUUUCAUCCCAAAACAAGUGGCAGUCCUCGUAGAACAUUAAUUCUGAUGUUUCCUUGAUACCUUGCACUAAUGAAUAUUAAGAAAACAUUCAUUUACUUAUUUUUAUACCAUGCUGAAGUCAUAAUGUGUCUUUCACUCUUGAAUCAAAAGUUUGUGGAUUUCAUCUUUCUUUCAAAAUAUCCAAAAAAAGUGACUUCCUGUGCAGAAAUAUUUUGGGAGGCAUGUUGUGUUGAUGAACUGCAAAAUGUUUGCCCCAGUUUACGGCAUUCUGAUGUUAGUUUGCCAGCAGGCUUUUGCACUUUAUUGUGAACACAGAAUGUUUUCAAUCUAAUUGUGGUUCUUUUAUUGCCCAAUGAAAAUUGUACAAAAUCAUGUCACCAUUCAAAUGUUUCAU